GCAAGCAAAGGAACCUUCCCUGAUUUAUCACCUCUCAAAAAUACACAGCUCAGUCACUCACCCAACAAAAACACAUUUAUUUAUUUUUUCCUAGCCACAAAAAUUCUUUCAAAUCCCUCAAACCAUAACUUUUCCUCAACCUUCCAUCGGCGUUGAUUUUUCGUCCGGCGUCUGUGUCUCCUUGUUGAUUCAAAAUUCAAUGAUGUGAACCGCAGUUGUAGCUCAAAUCAUUAAUAGAGGUUCAUCAUGAGUGAACUUGUACGUCAAGGAUAUUCAACAUACGAUCAUAAUCACAAAAGUUAUGAUGUAUUUAUAAGUUUCAGAGGUGCUGACACUCGUAAUAAUUUCACCGAUCAUCUCUACAACGCCCUUGUAGAAGCUAACAUAACUACCUUUUUGGACGAGGAGGAGAUUGAAACCGGAGAAGACCUGAAACCAGAAUUGGUGAAUGCCAUAAAGUCAUCAAGAGUUUCUAUAAUCGUUUUGUCCAAGAAUUACGCUACAUCAACAUGGUGUCUUGAUGAACUUGCGUUGAUCCUUCAUCAACGUUUGAUCUCUGACCAUAUUGUCAUUCCCAUUUUCUAUCAUGUUGAGCCCACCGAUGUCAGGAAGCAACAAAACAGCUUUGGAGAUGCAAUAGCGAGUCAUAAACAGAGGAUGGAGGCUGAAACAAAUGCAGAGAAAAGAAGUCAAUGGACUAAAAAGAUGGAUCGAUGGAUUAAAGCACUUACCCAAGUUGCCAGUUUGAAAGGCAAGGGCGUCAAGGACAGGAGAGAGGCGGAGUUUAUCAGAGAAAUUGUUGCGAAUAUUCACCGUAUAAUAGGUGGACACUUAACACAUACUCUACCAUUACUUUUCGGGAUGGAAGAUUCCAUUGAUUUCAUUAGUUCAUGGUUGACAGAUGGAUCCUCACAUACUAGUGACAUCCUUACUAUCAUUGGUAUGGGAGGUAUAGGGAAGACAUCUUUGGCCAAAUAUGUCCAUGGGUCAUAUUGUCAUUUAUUCAAAAAAAGCAGCAGUUUUAUUGAAAGUAUCGGUGAAAAAUGUGCUGCUCAUGGACUACUUGUUCUACAAAAACAACUUUAUGGUGACAUUUCAAAAACAAGUCAGUUUCACGUUCAUGAUACUUCAGCAUACAUCUCAAUGAUUAAAAGAGCAGUAACUCGUAAAAAGGUAUUUCUAGUUCUUGAUAACAUUGAUAGUGUUGACCAGUUGCAUGCUUUACUUGGGGAGCCAGAAUUUUAUCCAGGAAGCAAAAUCAUAAUAACAACCAAAGAUGUGUCAUUGGUAGACCAAUAUGUAGCAAUCAACCCAAUAGUUCAAGGAAACCAUAAGAAGUGCUUAAUUGAAGGCUUACAUAAGAAAGCAUCAUCACAGCUUUUAAGUCAUCAUGCAUUCAUGAGUGACCGACCCAAAGAAGGUUAUGGAGCAGUGUCGGAAAAGGUUAUGGCAUAUUGUGGAGGACAUCCAUUGGCUCUUAAAGUUCUGGGUGGGUCUCUCUGUAACAAGUCUGUAGCUGAGUGGGAGGAUUGCAUAAUAGGGCUGAAGGAAGAACCUGAUUCCCGUAUUCAAAAGGCCUUGCAAAUGAGCUUUGACUCUAUGCCAUCCAACAAUGAUAAGGAAUUGUUUAAGCAUAUUGCUUGUUUUUUUGUUCAUGAGGAUAGAGUUUUUGCUGAAACAAUAUUAAACUCAUGUGGUAUCCGUGCACGGAAAGGAAUCAGUAAUCUCAUUGAUAGAUGCCUUCUCACGAUCGGCCCAGGUAACUGUUUAAUGAUGCAUCAAUUGCUUCAAGAGAUGGGAAGAGAUUCAGUACGCCAAGAAUCACUAGGAAAGCCAGAGGAGCAUAGUCGAUUAUGGUGUCAUGAGGAGUCAUUCAAUGUGUUGGAAGAAAAUAAGGGUACGGGAAAGAUUAAGGGCCUUGUUUUAAACAUGAAAAUGCUUGAGAUGGAGAAGUUUCGUGGAUCAGUUAAGUUAGACACGUAUGCAUUGAGCAAGAUGUCUAAUCUAAUGCUACUACACCUCAAUUAUGUGCAACUCACCGGAUCUUACAAGAUUUUUCCUCGGAAAUUAAGAUGGUUGUGUAUGCAUGGGUUCCCUUUGAAGUCUAUACCUUCAGACUUGCCAAUGGAAAAUCUGGUUGCUCUUGACUUGUCCUAUAGCAAUAUUGAAUCUUUUGACAUGUCUGAUGGUACCUUGCAACAACCUGGGAAGAGGCAAAAGGUAUCUGGAUCGUGCUCAAAAGGAAAAAGGUUGCUGAGAUCAUUGAAAUUUCUCACUUUAAGUUUCUCUAAACAGCUUCAGAGUCUUGGUGGCUUUCUUGAACUUCCUAUGCUUCAGAGGUUAAUAGCUAGAAAGUGCAUACGUUUGACUGAGAUUUGUGAAUCAAUUGAGAAUUGUGCUGAGCUUGACCACAUUGAUCUGAGUGACUGCCACAAACUUGAAAAGCUUCCAAAACCCAUAGGUAGCUUAAAGAAGGUCGAAACAUUGAAACUAGAUGGUUGUGAUCUUCAUGAACUACCGAUUGAGAUGAUGGAUACAGAUUCACUGGAAGUUCUCGAGGAUAAAGCCAUCGAUGUAGAUUCAAAAACUUCAUCAUGUGCCAAUUUGGAGGUGUUACCGAGUAAUUUAAAGCUCUCUGCAAUAUUUUUGCCGAACUCAGUAGUAAGGUUGUCGCUUGCAUCCAAUAAUUUGUCUACGGAAUCCUUUCCUAUGGAUUUCAGCUGCCUGUCCAUGUUAAAAGAUUUAUGUCUAGAUGGCAAUCCAAUCGUUUCCCUGCCCAAUUGUGUAAGAACCCUUCCUAGGAUUGAAACACUUAGUAUGAACAACUGUCUAAUGCUGACAUCAGUCGAGUAUCCUCCUCACACGUUAACACAGUUAAACCUCCAUUGUAGUUAUUGGAAACCCGGUUAUAAGGUUUCGCUACAAAAGAUUCUGUUUAAUCUUGAAAUGGUCCCACUCAAGUUAAUGGCAGACAGGAACGUAUUAGCACCUUCGUCAUUUGAAGUUGAAGGCAUGAUCAAAAUCCAACCUAUGGCAGGUGUUGAAGAAAAGCUAUUACGUAGUUUGGGGUGGCCAAAUCUGAAGUUUAUUAAAGAUAGCUGCAUGGUAACUAGUUAUAACUAUGGAGGACAAGAGGAAUCUCAAGUCCAGAUGUACUAUGAAUUUGGAAUAUUCAGCACAAUUUUUCAGGAGAAUCAUUGGGUACCGAGACAGCAUGGGGAAAUAUAUUUUCAGACAUCAAUAUCAUUUACCAUCCCGUUGACUUUUAAUUACAAACUUAGAGGACUUAAUUUACGCAUUGUGGGCGAGUUUAUUGAAUUGCCAAAGAUCAGAAUUAGUAAUACAACAAAGAACCUCACCUGGGUAUACAUUCAUUAUAUUAGGUCAGUCAAUCCAGGUAGAGGGUAUUUAAUGUUUUUAAGCCAUUGGAUGUUUGGGAUGAAUGAGAUGGAAGUUGGUGACGAGAUUAGUAUAACUCUAGAAAAGUGUAAUCCACGACUUAUACAUCAUUCCUGCGUACACCUUAUAUAUGAUGGCGUGGAUGAUAUGACACAGAGAAUGAAAUUAAAAUUUGAUGAUGAGGAGGAGGAGGAUGAUGAUGAGGAUGAAGAAGAAGAAGAUCCAUUGGAUUAUUACAAGUCAUGGAAUCACAUAAUUGGUGGGGAUUUGUCUCCUUUUCAAUUAACAACGGGACACUAUUUCCUCAACUCCAUGGAUUUUUUGCGGAAUUUAUAUUCUAGCGACUCCAAUGCCCAUUAUAAAGAAAAGGUGGUUUCAUUUAGAGCUUUCUCCCAAAUGAGGUCUGACAUGUUUGAUGGUCUCCCACCAGAGCCAUCCAGAUAUCGCCGUGCUCGCCAACGCCGUGCAGUUUGUACUGCGAUUCCAUCACGAAUCAUUUUUUCUAAACAUCCAACAAGUGUGCGAAUAUUGAAGUUGUUCGAGUUGAGGCAGGCACUAAUAGUGGAUGAGGAUAUGAAUCAUCAGGGAGCAGUGGCAAAGUUUCAGUGGGGGGUCGGGAUCUAAAUUUUUUUUUCCCUAAGGCUAUUUUUCGGGUAAAUAGGGGUCGAAAUCGAGUAUAUCGAAAUUUCUCUACACGAAAACAAUAUACCCUUACAUCGCAAAAAAUUUUUCGAGGGGUCAGGGGUCCCUCCCCGCCCCUUAAUAGCUUCGCCCUUGUCAGGGAGAAGAGGGCCUAAUGGUAAGGGACGACUGGUUUGAGGAGAUUUAGUGAUGAUAAUUACUAUUAGUUAUUAUUAGUAAUUACUUGCUAGCCAUUAGGGUUGAUUGUCAAGGUUAGUGUUUGUGUUAUGAGGAACUCUUGUGGAGGUGUUGAGACUAAGACUCAAACUUGGUAUUUAUCUAUCUUUUUUGUUGAGCGGCAUUUAA